UAUAAGUAUAUUUGAAGCUCAUGGUGCAUCAUCAUCUCAUUUUAUAAGAUAUUGCACCAUUUUCUCCACUAGUUUUCUUCAUUUAUAGUUUCCUCAAUCUCUGUUAAAGAAUAACAGAUCAAUACAUACGAUGGGUUUGGCGGUUGAAGAAGCUGAAAUAGCAAAUGAUGAAACGACGUCGUCCGCAGAUGAUCAGCAUAAUUACCAAAUGGGAGUGAGAAGCUUAAUGGAGAAAGAAAUAAUAAUGAAAAGAGUUCCAAACAAGUACAUACUGGCCGAGACAGAACGACCAAAUUACAUUUUGGAAAAUGCCAAUAUUAUGAAUAGUAAUGACCACCUCAACUUACCUGUCAUCGAUUUUGCUCAGCUUCAAGGCCCCAAUCGAUCCCAAGUAAUCACUUCCCUUGCAAAAGCUUGCCAAGAUUAUGGAUUUUUUCAGUUGGUGAACCAUGGUAUUGAGGCAGAUGUUAUUGAUAGAAUGAAUGAUGCAAGUAAGAGAUUUUUCGAGCUGCCUUCGAGUGAGAGAUCCAAGUACAUGAGUAAUGAUAUGUGUUCCCCAGUUCGUUAUGGAACCAGCUAUAAUCAGAAUAACGAUAAAGUGUAUUGUUGGAGAGAUUUCUUAAAGCUUAGUUGCCAUCCUGCUUUGUCACAAAAUUUUCCUCACCAUUGGCCUUCUUCUCCUGUUGGUCUAAGGGAAGCAGCUGUUGAGUUCUCAUUGGGAACUAAAUCAGUGUAUCUGAUGCUGAUGGAAGCUAUUCUUGAGAGUUUAGGGCUAAAAAAGGAAGAAAUAAUAACCAGUAGUAGUAGUGAUGAUGAUGAUGAAAAAGAUGUUAGUUCAAAAUUGAAACUAGAAGAAGGAAGUCAACUAGUUGUGAUGAACUGCUACCCUGAAUGCCCUGAGCCUGAGUUAACCCUAGGAAUGCCUCCCCACUCAGACUAUGGAUUACUCACUCUUCUUCUUCAAGAUGCACAAGUUGAAGGGCUUCAGAUUCAACAUCAAGGAACAUGGCUUACUGUUAAACCCCUUCUCAAUUCUUUUGUUGUCAAUGUUGGUGAUCAUCUUGAGAUAUUGAGUAAUGGGAGAUACAUGAGCGUGUUACACAGAGUGGUUGUGAACAGUUCAAAGUCAAGAAUGUCCAUUGCUUCGCUUCACAGCGUGGCCUUCAACUGCAUGAUUGAGCCAUCACCAAAGCUCAUCGAUAAAGCCAAUCCCAAACGCUACAAGGACACUGACUUCUCCUCCUUUCUCCACCACUUAGCUUCUCGUCAACACAACAACAACAAGACUUUCUUGGAAUCUAGAAGAUUAUUAUGAAUAUCAAUAUAUUAUUCAAAAUAAAAAUUAUAAAGUGUUAUUCUAUAGUAGAAUAACUAUUAUAUACUCAGUACAAUAUUUGAGUAUAUAUGAUGAUAUAAAUAGAUAUAAACCCUACGUUGUAAUAAUUAUCUAAAAUUAUUCUCCAUAAUAUAUAAUUUAAUAUUUGUAGUGGUUAA